GGAUCUGCUCUCAGGGGCGUGUCCACCUAGGCUGGAGCUCCAGCCCCUCCCUGACCUAAUAGAGAGCUUAUUGCGCACGCGUAGGGAGGAGCCGCGGGGCACGCCGGGAGCAGGUAUCUCUCCACAUGGCGGCCGAGGAAGCAACCAUCACAGUUCGACUCAUCCGUUCAUUUGAGCAUCGAAAUUUCAAGCCUGUAGUGUAUCAUAGAGUUAAUUUGGACCAAACUGUGAAGGAAUUUAUAGUAUUUCUAAAGCAAGAUGUCCCUUUGAGAAGCAGCUUGCCACCGCCACUCAGAAAUUACAAAUAUGAUACACUAAAGAUUCUUCAUCAAGCUCACAAAGCAAAGACAAAUGAGCUUGUGUUGGGUUUGGAGGAUGACGACACACUCCUGCUGAAGGAAGACAGAACGCUGAAGGAAUCAGGAAUAGAAUCAAGCUACCUGUUCCGUAUUUGCCUGCUCUCCAGUUAUCCUGAGAGGUGGCAGGCUAAUUUCGUGGGGCGGGGGGAGUCCCUUCCCUUCUGGAACUGACUAGUCUAUUUGAAAGAGAUCAAGCCAGUGAAACUGAAAUUGCAUUCUUCUGCGAAGAAGAUUAUAAGAGAUACAAAGCUAAUCCCACCUCAUCCUGGUGAAGGUGCCCAGGGGACACCUUUGCCUUUCUUUGUUCCACAAGUGAGUUUUUCAAAUUGUCAAAUAAAUCUUUAAAAAAAAUUAA